AUGGAACCAAUUAAAAAUGCUUUAAAUCAAGCAGGAAAUUUAGUACAACAAGCUGCACAUACUGUAGCUGAAGUUCUUCAUAUUAGUGAAGCAACAACGGAUGAUGUUGAUAAAACAAAAGAAACGACAAAUGAUGAUGAUAAUAAAAAUGAAGAUAAAAAUAUUGAUAGUAAACAAAAGAAAUUUGAACAGGAACAAAGCGCAACUAUUCAGCAAAGUGAUAAAAGAAGAGCAUCUCGUGCUUAUGAAGAUAAACAACAAGAAAGUGAUGCAAAAGUAUUAGCAACGUCAUGGCCAGAUUUAAAAGGUAAAACACGUCAUGAAGCAGAAGAAUUUAUUAAAGCAAGAGGUUAUUCAAACAUCAAAAUCUUAAAAAAAGGUACAUCAUCAACAACUCAACAUGAUGAAUCACGUGUAAUUUUAUUUGUUGAUGAUAAUGAUAUUGUUGUUGAAGAACCGAAAGUUGGUUAA